AUGUCUACGGGCUAUCAACCGCUAGCGCUGACUCCAUCUACAGCUGGAUUUGGCCCCGCAUCGUUCUACAAUAACGAGGAUCAAGAUGAACGAGACUUCCAUGUAGGAUGGAAAAGAAGGUGGCCAUGCUGGGAAGGCGCACAACGCCUUUUUCAAAACAAUAUUGGUCUCCUUUAUAUCAUAGCUUCACAGCUAAGCGGCACAUGCAUGAAUGUGAUAGUAAAGCUUUUGAACUCGAUAGAUCCUCCGGUCCCCACAUUUGAGUUCAUAACAUACCUGUUCUCGAUCACUACUAUGUAUGAGACCUCCGUCCCCCAUCCUAUAGCCGGUCCACCGGGCGUUAGACAUCUCUUGAUUUUACGAGGGCUCUUUGGAAUAUAUUAUUCGUUGGUGUACCUAUCCUUAUCGGACGCCAUUGUCAUCACAUUUCUUGUCCCAACAACAACGGCCAUCGCCGGAUAUCUUCUUCUCCAUGAAGCUCUCAAUAGAAGGGAGAUUGUAGCAGGACGUAGGUGA